CCUCCUCCUCCUCCUCUUCCUCGCUCCAGCAGCCAAGUUGCAGAGAGCAGCUUCAGCCUCCCAGACCGCGGCUGCUUUCCGCCGGGGGUCCCCGCAGAGGAGCCGCCGCCUCCAUGUGCGUUUCCCGCGCCGCGUGCUGAGAUCGCUCCUCGUCCCGCCACGCCGCCGCCGCCAUGUCCAACGCCAACCACGACCCCUUCUACUCGUCCCCCUUCGGACCUUUCUACCGGAGACACUCGCCCUACGUGGUGCAGCCCGAGUACCGGAUCUACGAGAUGAACAAGCGGCUGCAGACGCGCACCGAGGAAAGUGACAGUUUGUGGUGGGACGCCUUCGCUAGCGAGUUCUUCGAGGAGGACGCUACGCUAACGCUGUCCUUCUGCCUAGAAGAUGGACCAAAGAGAUACACCAUCGGGCGGACGCUGAUCCCGCGCUACUUCAGCACGGUGUUCGAGGGCGGCGUGAGCGAGCUGCAUUACAUCCUCAAACACUCCAAGGAGUCGUGCCACAACUCGUGCAUCACGCUGGACUGCGACCAGUGCACCAUGGUCACCCAGCACGGCAAGCCCAUGUUCACCAAGGUGUGCACGGAGGGUCGCUUGAUCCUGGAGUUCGCCUUUGACGACCUGAUGAGGAUCAAGACUUGGCACUUCACCAUCCGCCAGUACCGAGAGCUCAUCCCGCGCAGCAUCCUGGCCAUGCAUGCACAAGACCCUCAGGUGCUGGAACAACUGUCCAAAAACAUCACACGCAUGGGUUUGACCAACUUCACCCUCAACUACCUCAGGUUGUGUGUCAUCCUGGAGCCCAUGCAGGAGCUCAUGUCCAGACACAAGACCUACAACCUCAGCCCGCGGGACUGUCUCAAGACGUGCCUGUUCCAAAAGUGGCAGAGAAUGGUAGCGCCGCCAGCUGGACACCCGCAGAACUUCAAAACAGAAAUAUUCCCCACCAAUCACAAAAAAGGUCGCGCCAAAGCUGAGCCCGCCCGACAGACCACCACCAAGAGGAGGAAACGAAAGAACUCCGCCAGCAGCGCCAACAGCGGCGUGGGCGCCGGCAAGAAGCGAAGCCCCGCCACCAACUUCAGCCUCUCCAGUCAGGUACCUGACGUGAUGGUGGUGGGCGAGCCGACCCUGAUGGGCGGGGAGUUCGGGGACGAGGACGAGCGUCUGAUCACCCGCCUGGAGAACACGCAGUACGACGCCACCAACGGCCUGGACGACGAGGACGACUUCACCGGCUCGCCGGCGCUGGGCAACAACGGGCCGUGGAGCGGCAAGGUGGCCAACGCCGGCCAGGACAGCAAGGCCGACAGCGCGCCGCCGCAGGCCUCGCAGUAGAACUCAAACUGUGGAUCUUUUCUUCUUCUUCUUCUUCUUCUUAAUCUUCUUCUUCUUCUUGUGGUGGUGGACGAGACUAACAGCAGCAAUAGCCACGCCCCCUGGACUACACACUUGCUACGCUGUUCAAAUAUAACACAAAAAAAAGAAACAGCAAGGUGGACGUCUUCUUUUUCCUUGGACUGUGAUUGGUGGACCUGCAGGUCACAUGACAUCACAGAAGAAGAAGUGUUUUGUUGCCGUUGUUGUUCCGGGUUCCUUUUGAAAGCACGGCACACUCGUUACUUUGCUUUGCGACAUGGUUUAUUCUUCUUUCCUUCUCUGCAGGUACAGCAGGUCUGGCUAGUUUUUGCCUCAUCCCUCACUUAAAGUGUAAAUGAAGUAAGGUUGUACGGUAUAUCAGUACUAGUAUAGUACCGCGAUACUGAUAAAUCAUAUUCGGUACUAUACCGCCUAUAAAAAGUACCAACCCACCCCCCACCCCGUCGUCAUCACGUGGUGACAUAGCUGGUUUUACGAGCAGAGGAGCAUGUUGGGCAGUGCACACACACAGAGUACUUACAAGCAGACACAGUGUGUAGACAGAAAAGGGAGAAUAGACGUAUUUUGGUGUAAAAAGUAAAGAUUGACGGGACCGACUUUGACGGCACAUAAAAUCCAAACCGUAGCCGUAUUUAAAACUCUUUCGUCAACUUUUAAUCAGACGGGUUCUAUCUCUCCCCUGUGCUAGUUUGAAGCCGACACGACAAACGCGCUCAGAGGAGAUAAAUGUUUGAAAAAAGGUGACCGGUUUUUACAAA